AUUUUAGCAAUUUCUUUUACUUUUUUUGUUCUUUUUUUUUGUCUUGUAAUAGGAAUUAAAUGAUUUAUUUUAUUAAGUUUAAUAAUAAUAUUUUACCCUUUUUUCCAUUUUUUAAACUUUAAUUUAUCUUUAUUUAGAAAAAAUCUAUAUAUUUCUUUAGAUUUUUUUUCUUUUCUAAUAAUUAUUUUGACCUUUUGAAUUGUUUUCUUAAGUAUUUUAUCUAGUAUAAACAUUUUGAUAUCCUCUUUUUCUAAACUUUUUUUAAUUCUUUUUUAUUUCUUAUUUUUUUUCCUUUAUAUGUUUUUUUCUGUAAGAAAUUUUUUUUUCUUCUUUUUUUUUUUUGAAGCUACUUUAAUUCCCACUUUAUUUAUUAUUGUUGGUUGGGGUAAUAAAGUAGAACGAAUUAAAUCUGGUUAUUACUUAUUUUUUUAUACUCUUUUUGGUUCUAUACCUAUGUUGAUAAGAAUUUUUUUUUUAAAAGAAAUAAAUUUUUCUUUAAUUUUUUUUUUUUUUAAUUUAAAGAGAACUUAUUAUCUCAUAUAUAUAUUUUUAGUUAUUUCAUUAUUAAUUAAGAUACCUAUAUUUUUAGUUCAUUCAUGACUUCCUAAAGCUCAUGUUGAAGCACCUUUAAGAGGUUCUAUAAUUUUGGCUGGUGUUCUAUUAAAAAUAGGGGGAUAUGGUUUAUUCCGUUUAAUAAAUCUAUUUAAAAAGUUUAGUAAUCUUAAUUCCAUUUGAAUUUAUAUUAGUCUUUGAGGCGGAAUUUUAUCAAGAUUUAUUUGUUUACGACAGGUAGAUCUAAAAUCCAUUAUUGCUUUUUCCUCUGUUUCUCAUAUGAGUUUAGUUAUUGUUGGAAUUUUAAUUUUUUGUUAUUCUUCUUUAAUCGGUUCUUUAAUACUAAUAGUGUCUCAUGGAUUAUGUUCUUCUGGUUUAUUUUUUUUAGCUAAUAUUUUAUAUGAACGUUCUGGAAGACGAAGAAUUUUUUUAAAUAAAGGUCUUAUAUCUAUAUUUCCUUCUUUGUCUAUCUGAUGAUUUAUUUUUUGUGCUUUUAAUAUGGCUUGUCCUCCUUCUUUAAAUUUGAUUAGGGAAAUUUUUUUAAUAAAUGGUUUAAUUUCUUGAAGAUUUUUAUUUGUUUUUUUUUUAAUAUUUAUCUCUUUUUUAGGAGGGGUAUAUAAUUUAUUUUUGUUUUCUUUUUGUAAUCAUGGUUCCAUAUAUUCUAGAAUUUUUUUUUUUAAUUCAUGUUACUUAAUUGAAUAUUUCAUUUUAUAUAUACAUUUUUUUCCAAUUUUUUUUUUUUUUAUAAAAUUGUUUUUUUUUUUUUAA